AUGAUGAAGUCUCUCUGCCAAUUUGGGAGUCUGUUAUUCUUAUGCCUUGCCCAAUGGGCCGAGGGUAAGGUCUUGCCGGUAAGCUCUGUGAACACGGUUCGGUUCGAAGUCAACUUGACGUGGGCGGACUGGCACGAUGCUCCAGGUACGCCUCGAAAAAUGAUUUUCACCAAUGGCCAAUUCCCGGGCCCUGAGCUUCGAUUGCAUCAAGGUGAUAACGUCGAGUUCUACGUCAAUAAUAACCUUCCUAACGCAACAACGAUCCACUUCCACGGAAUUGACCAAUUGGGCACACCGUGGUCCGAUGGCGUUCCAGGUUUGUCACAGAAGCCUAUCCCUGCCGGCGGAAAGUUCCUGUACAAAUGGACCGCCUCACAAUACGGAAGUUACUUCUACCACGCCCACGCUCGGGGCCAAAUUGAGGAUGGUCUCUAUGGACCGAUCUAUAUCAGCCCCGAUCACUCGGUCGAGAAACCAUUUCACCUAUUCACCAACAACACAUGGGAACACAAAUUGAUGGAAAAGGCUGAGAAGCGGACCUCGCCUGUGAUGCUUUCUGACUGGCGCCAGCUGACUUCAGAGCAAGUGUGGAACGCCGAGAAGGCCAGCAGACGCGAUGCGUACUGCUCUAAUGCGCUCAUGAUAAAUGGAAAGGGCUCAAUCAAGUGUUUGAGCCAAAGUGCGCUUGACGGAUAUACGACUGCAGCCCAGAGAACAGUACUUGGAGGACAAAAUUUGACCGAUAUUGGAUGUCUGCCUCCCUCGAAUACUAUGGCAGAAGGCUCUUUUUCUCACAAUCUGAGCGCCCUCCCGCCCACUGUCUUUUCUGGAUGUAAAUCUCACCAGGGCCUCAGUGAAGUGCUCAAAGUUGACACAGUUCAGGGCUACGUGAGCUAUGAUUUGAUCAGCUCUGCUGGUGUAGCUACCUUGAUGUUCUCUAUUGACGAGCACAAAAUGAUUGUCUACGCCGUGGAUGGUCAAUAUGUGGAGCCAAUUGAGGUUGACGCGAUUACGUUGGCAAACGGCAACCGAUACUCCGUCAUGGUGAGGCUUGACAAGCCCUUGGGUGACUACUCGGUUCGCUUGGCAAACUACGGCGUCAACCAGGUUCUCAACACCACCGCGACCUUCUCAUAUGAGACACGCCAUGCGACCCCUCAACACAAGAUGAAGAAGGGCCCUUCGAAGCCGUCAAUCAGCAUCACCGGGUCGAACACAACUGCCGAAACCGUCAUCCUAGACGAGUCGAAGGUCGUCCCAUUCCCAGCUCAUGCUCCCUCCAAAGAUGUUGCCCAGACCCAUAUUUUGAAUAUCGGCCACUAUCACACCUCCUACCGCUGGACGCUAGGGAACUCAAGCUACCCCCUAGCCCUGGAACAAGCUCAGCCUCUGCUCUACCACCCGAACAGCUCAGUCGCCCACAGCGACUUGACCCUGCACACAAAGAACAAUACCUGGGUCGAUCUCAUCUUCUACGUCACCUCUCCAUUGCAACCUCCUCAUCCUAUCCACAAGCAUUCAAACAAGUACUACGUCAUCGGCCAGGGCCAAGGUGUCUGGAAUUACUCAACCGUGGCAGAGGCUAUGGAGCACAUUCCGGAGAGCUUCAACCUCAAGACCCCACAGUAUAGAGAUACAUACGCUACUCCGCCUGCCUCUACGGGCCCGACGUGGCUGGCGAUUAGAUAUCACGUCAUGAACCCAGGAGCAUUCCUGCUGCACUGCCAUAUCCAGGUCCACCUGAGUGGCGGUAUGGCACUUGCGCUUCUUGAUGGUGUGGAUAAGUGGCCAACUAUCCCGGAAGAGUACAAAAUCGCUGAGAUGAGGAGUUGA